CAGUACGGGAACAUAAUUGUUGUUGUCCUCAUAAAUAUUUGAAUAGAAUGAAAAAGAAAAUCUUUUCUAUAUCAUUUCGAUCUCAAUUGUUAUUUAUGCUCAUGGUUAAAACUGUUUGGUGAGCCGAGAAAAUGAGACUUUUUUAAUCUCCUUAGGGAAAACGAUUUUGGAUACUAUUUUUAAAGCAAGACGACUUCUUCUACGAGCCUCUUCAUCUCGUUCAUUUACAUGUUGUUUUGCUCUUAUCUUAGGAAUGAUUUUAAUCAAUUGGUAGCUGAAGAAUACGUUAAAUUAUUCGAUUUUCAAGGUGAUACCCUCGAUCGUGCAUUGAGAAAAUUUGUUAAACAAUUUACAAUCAUUGGUGAAGCACAAGACCGUGAACGUGUUCUACAUUUCUUCGCUGCACGAUAUCUAGAUUGUAAUCCAACAACGUUCACUUCCAUCGACGCUUGUCAUAUGCUUACGUGUGCAAUUAUGUUGCUCAACACAGAUCUUCAUGAUCCAAAAAUCACGAACAAAAUGACAUUUCAACAGUUCAGUGAUAAUCUGCACGAAUUAAACGAUGGAAAAGAUUUUUCCAAAGAUUUACUCAAAUCAUUGUAUAAUGCCAUUAAAAAUGAACAACUUAUGAAUGAGACGUAA